AUGCAAAAACUGACGGAGCGCAUAGAUGAUCUGAAGCAGAGGAUCGCUGCUUGGGAAAAGCGGAUUCGGCGAUAUGCCGAGAGGUCGACUCGGUUCAACCAGAAUCGUCUCUUCCAAAGUGAUCAGAAGAGGCUCUAUAAAUCAUUGGAGCGAUCAAUGGUAAGUGGAACUGGCCCAGCACCAAAUCAGGCCGACACGGUCGCAUUCUGGCGCAGCCUGUGGUCAGAGCCUGUAAACCACAGCGAGGGCCCUUGGACGGAAGUUAUGGCGAGUCAGUGUGCGAGUAUAACGACCAUGGGCCCCGUCAUUAUAACGCCGGAUGACGUAGCUGAGUCGGUCCGUAGGGCCCCGAACUGGAAAAGUCCGGGCUCGACGGGCUGCAUCACUACUGGCUGA